GCUCGCUUGCUUGUUUUCUGCCUGUUGGCGCAUGUAGCUUUAUGGACUUUUCAUUUCUUCUUAAUUAAUAUCCCGAAGACCUCACUGAAACAAGAACGUUUAUUCGCCGAAGAAGUUCAGCAGCCUUUCGUGAACUCCACCGGCAGAGGAAAACGAUUUCCUUCAUAGCACUGGUCUGCUGUUCCUCUAGUCAUGACUACGCUGGGAACCAGUGGGACGUCAUCUACUGAAUACACUGUCAGAGUCCCCAAGAAUACCAAUAAGAAAUACAACAUGAUGGCCUUCAAUGUUGGGGACAAAGUUAACUUUUCCAGUUGGACGCAGGCAAAAAUGGAACGUGAUCUGAGUAACAAAAAGAUGUAUCAGGAGGAAGAAAUGCCAGAGUCUGGAGCAGGUAGCGAGUUUGGAAAGAAGCAAAGGGAAGAGUCCCGGCGGAAAAAGUAUGGCAUUAUAACACGAGAGUUUCGAGCAGAGGACCAACCCUGGCUGCUGCGCGUCAAUGGUAAAGCUGGUCGCAAAUUUAAAGGUCAGAAAAAGGGAGGCAUAACAGAAAAUGCCUCCUACUACAUCUUUACACAAUGUCCAGAUGGAGCAUUUGAGGCCUUCCCAGUUAAUGCCUGGUACAACUUUAUUCCAAUUGCCAAGCACAGGACGCUAACUGCAGAAGAGGCAGAGGAAGAAUGGGGCAGGAGGAAUAAGGUGGUGAACCAUUUCAGCAUUAUGUUGCAGCGGCGUCUGAGAGACCAGGACAAAGAUGACGGAGAUGAGGAUGAAGAAGAAAAGAAAGGGGGGAAGAAAAAGAAGAAGAAGAGAGGCUCAGAACUGAAAAUUCAUGACCUGGAAGAUGAUCUGGAGAUGAGCAGCGAUGAGAGUGACGAUAGCGAGGCUGAAGGUGGACAGAAGGAGCCCAAGAAAAAGAAGGUCACAAACAAGAAAAAGAAAAAAAAGGGUUCAGACAGCGAAGCCAUAGAGGACAGUGAUGAUGGCGAUUUUGAGGGAUUAGAGGUUGACUAUAUGUCCGAUGAAAGCAGCUCUGAAGAAGACGAGCCAGCAAAUACAAAAACAAAUGAUGUUCCCAAAGGAAUUGAUGAAGCAUCGGAAAGCAGUGAGGAGAGCGAAGAAGAGAAACAGAAUGAAGAGGAUAAGAAGGAAGAAGAAGAAGAUGGAAAAAAAACUCCGGUGCAGCAGGAGAAAAGGAAAAAGAAAGACAGCAGCGAUGAGUCAGACUCUUCCGAGGAGAGCGAUAUUGACGGAGAGGCAUCAUCUGCGCUUUUCAUGACGAAAAAGCGGACUCCGCCUAAGAAGCCCAGCGGCAAGGGUUCAGCAGGAAGCUCUCGGACGAGUAGCCGCCCUGGCACUCCUUCCAUAGAAUCUGGAAACACGUCUUCCACCCUGAGAGCUGCAGCCACCAAGUUAGAGCAAGGAAAACGUCAGGGACAGAGCAACUCUGAUACACCUGCUGCGAAGAGGCUGAAAAUGGACGCAAACCCACAGAGCCCUUCAGGAAAAUCCACCCCUCAGCCGCAGUCUGGGAAAUCCACACCUAGCAGCAGUGACAUCCAGCUGACGGAAGAUGCGGUCCGCAGGUAUCUAAUCCGAAAGCCAAUGACCACUAAGGACCUACUGAAGAAAUUUCAGACGAAACGCACGGGGCUGAGCAGUGAGCAGACUGUCAACGUCUUGGCCCAGAUUCUGAAAAGGCUCAACCCUGAGCGCAAGAGCAUAAACGACAAGAUGCACUUUUUCCUAAAGGAGUAAGCCAUGUAAGAUAAAAAGAAACAGGGGGGUUACACUUGACCGCAUCCUUAUAAGGUGGCCUGCCAUUUAAAAGUUCUAUUUUCAGUAAGAAACACAGUAGCAGGUCAGGGACAGGAAUUUUCUUUUGAGUUGUUUGUUUUUCCCUCCUCAAGUAAUCUGCCAGAGACUGUGAGGCGAUUGUUAAAAGGUCAUUUUUUUUAUUAUUAAAAACUGCUUUAUAUCAUUUUGAAUAACAGAAAUGGUCAAGUUGUACUUGGGUGCAUUUGCAGUUUUUCCAAGGUGUGCGUACUUUUGCGCUUUAGCGGAAUGGGGGAUGCACUUUUGGCCUGUCGUGUGCGCCACUGUGCAUGAUGGGCAGCACAUUUGCAUUCUCCUAAUAGAAGGAAGGCCGUUAACGUGUCGUCACUGACCUGCGGGCUGAUUGAUGGCGUAAACACAGCAGCUAGCCGGAGGUUGCAAGGGCAGGAAUGUUUUGGAUGCCAUGUUAAUUCCACGAGAAUGCUUCGCAUUAGCCACUGAGCCGUUCAAAGCAUUCCUGACGAUCGCUGUCACCCGUCGGCCGCUCAGCAGCCGGACCUUUUAUGGAGACGGCAGCUGCGCUGGAAUCUUAGGGUAAAUAGCUGGGAAUUAAUACAAAUUUCUGCUUGAUCCUGGAAGCAAGCCAAUCCAUAAAGCUGUCUGUCACACCUUAUUGGAAAAUUAAACCAUUCCUGAAUUUUACCCAAAAGACACCGAGUGCGAGCAAAUGCAAGGAUUCCUCCGCUUUCCGCACAGGAGCAUCAUCAUAAAAUGUGGAAAUGCGGAGAUGAGGACUUGCAUUAGAGAAGCUGUACAUAAAUAUUGUACCUUUUGUAGAGCCGCUAGCACAUUUCAACUUUUCUGUGAUUAUCUGUUUUUAUUUUACAGCGAUGUUUACAUUGCACUUUUCUAAUCUGAGUAAAUAAAAAGAUUUUGAAA